AUGAGCUAUGCUUUUCAGCACUCUUUUACUUGCUUCUGCAACUUCUUUUUUCCUCACCUGUUUCUCUUUGUAUUCAUCUUUUCAUCUAAAGCCACAGCUCGGAACCUAGCCAGUGUCGACAAGGCAGUGAAUAAUUCUGCUUCUGCUAUCUUAAUUUUCGGAGACUCCACAGUUGAUCCUGGAAAUAAUAACUACAUUACAACUCCAUUUAGGAGCAAUUUCCCACCUUAUGGGAAAGAUUUCUUGAAUCAGGCUGCAACUGGAAGGUUUACAAAUGGCAGACUUGCUAAUGAUUUUAUAGCUAACUAUGUUGGGCUCAAAGAUUAUGGGUUUCACGAUCCAGAUUUUCUUCAUUUUGGUAUUCCAGUCUGA